AUGGCGGAAGUAAGCAGUGAUGAUGAAGACGAUGAACACGUCUCUAUACCUCAAGAAACGCUUGAUUGUCACGGUCCUUUCGAUAUUACUUUGGUGGUCGAAGAUGGCAUCGAAAUCAAUGCUCAUAAGCAAGUUCUUUCGAAAGCAAGUGAAUUCUUUGACAAACUGCUCAACGGUAAUAUGAGGGAGAGUACAGAAAGAGUAAUUCAAUUAGAAAUGCUUACAGAGGCUGACUUACGACACGUUUUGGAGUUUGUUUACAGCGGAAAUUUCCAGAUAUUGACCGAAGAUCAAGCCCAACAUUUAUACGCAGUGGCUGAAUAUUUGUUCCUACAGGGAUUACAAAAAUUAUGCGAAGACUAUUUAACAAGUAAGUUGAACAUUUCAAAUUGCAUAUCAACCUACUCUUUUGCGCAAAUGUACAGAAGUGAGAAACUGCUAUCCUUCGCCAAGCGAUUCAUCAUUUCAAAUUUCACUACUGUGGCAAAAGAGGAGGAGUUUUUGAACUUGUCGAUCGAGGCAAUCAAAGUAUGGAUCUCAAGCGAUGAAAUUAACAUUCACGCCGAGGAAGAUGUUUACCACAUCAUUGUUGCAUGGGUUGAGCGUGAUAUUAACGAGCGCAUGGAAUAUUUUGCCGAAUUACUCUCUCUUGUCAGAUUAGUCUAUAUAUCCCGUGACUAUCUUGUCAAUCACAUUGCGACAAGUGACAUUGUGCGAGAAAGUGAAAGUUGCUUUAGACUCGUGAGGAACAUUAUAAAUUCAAUUGAUAGAGGGAAUCCUGAAAACACCUUAUUCGCACCACCUAGAAAGUCGCUUGAGACAACGGUUAUAGUUUCUUGUAUACAAAAAGGACCAGAGCAACUGCUAUGUUACUAUCCAUGUAGAAAAAGGUGGUUUAAGUCACACAAUUCUUCACCCAUAUGUGACCAAGUAAUUUCAUCUCGUGGAAAACUUUACUUCAUAUCCAAGCACGAGCGCACACUGCUACGAUAUGAUCCCUACUUUGAUCAAUGGAAGACUUUGUCGGUAGAAGGAACACGAGAGUUGCUGCAAUUUUUUGUCAGUGAUGAAGGUGAUAUGUACUCAUUGGAACUCGACAUUGAAACAUCUUACUCAGAUUGUGCUUCUCUGCCUCCUCCUAAGACAGACCGCCAUCACCUCGAAGGGAUGGUGAAUGUCGUAUCUUGUGGCAAGCAACAUCUAUCCUGUAUCACCAAAUACGACCAUGAAUCCAACCGCUGGAAGCAGAUAACAUCAUUUGAUUUGGGUUCAAGGAAAGGAAUAUGCUUCAUAAGUAAUGCUGAUUACAUAUAUCUUAUUGGUGGUAUCAAUCGAGAAACAAACGAGAUUCUGUCCGUCGUUAACAGGUAUAACUUACGCACAAACAAGUUGGAAAAAGUAGCUGAUAUUCAAGAAGGGAGGGAACGAGCUUACGGAGUCGCUUCUCAAGGAAAAAUUUUUAUCACUGGUGGCUCCAAGGAAAUCUGUGUUUCAACAUCUUGUGAAAUGUACAACGAAAACACCAACAAAUGGCACUCCAUAGCCAGCCGUCGCAUGCCACGACGUCGUGGAAGCAUGAUCUGUGCCGAUAAUAAGUUGUAUGUAGUAGAUGGUUAUGUUUGGAACGAGAGAGGAUUCAGAGGAAAGAUCGAAUGUUAUGAUGCUGAAGAGGACGAGUGGAGCGAGGUGACCGAAAUACCUGUGGAGCAAGGCAUGUAUACUUGGUACCUCGUGAAUUCCUGUAAACUUAGACUUUUUAAAGGAACUAGUCUUUCAUGGAAACCCGUCACUGUGUAAAGUCCUUCAAAGCCUAAGCAAAUUAUCAAGACAGACGAAGAGCUUUUCUAAAUAAAAUGGCUUCAGGUGUUCUCUGAGGCGCAAAGGAAAAAGACAAAACGGACCGAAUAACGUUGUUAUGAUGAAUGGAAUUAUCAAAAGUCCUCUGAUCGCCUUUUCUGGCAUGGGCAUUUGAUAUUUAGACGCUUAUCGCUCCAAACACACAAUGUGACUUCUCUAACUGCCUGCUCAAUAAACGACGUAUGUGUUACCAGGUCUUGAGCAGUGUUAAAAGGAACUGGUACUGACACAUUUUCCGCAACUUGUAAGUUCGUUUGCAAAUGGCACGCACGUGUAUCGCGCGUAAAAGGUGCCAGUUUUCUGGUUGAGUAUUAUUUUGAAGAAUUUUUCCCCUUACAGUUUCGGUGAUGUCUAGUCCGCUUGUUUUUUGAAGAGUUCUUUUGAAGCGGCUUACCAAAAUAAAAACUUUAAUUAGUUACAAGCAUCUCUCAAUCCACGUCUACUAUCUAGAGCAUGAUUUCUUAUAAUUUAAAUGAUCCUUUUUUUUUUUUAUUUGGCUUGGGUAACCAGUGCGAUACUUCUAAAACGUGCUCGACACGUCUAGAACGAGCCUUAAACGAGCCAAGUCAGCCGUCACUGUAGGUUGGACCGAACAAUAAAUCUGUUUUCUUCUGCAUUUAAGAUUGUCGUUGUUUCUUAUUUUCUAUUCGUAUCCGGAAAGUGUAUAACUAAAAUACUGAUCAAUCGAUAGAGUUGAAAGCGCGCGCUCUGGUUGACCACUCAAACUCCGAAUAUCCGUUGCUAAUCACCUCCGAGAAACACCGAAAAUAUUGUAAUCGUUGAAGGAUUAAAUGAGUUAAAGUCAUCUUUUUUCUUAUUACCUCACCGUUUUGGUAAAUAUUAAAUCCCCAAUUCAGAGAAACUAUAUCCAUAUGUAGCUAAACAAAUUGCAGUUAAGAUGAUCAUAAAUUUACAAAAAUACUCCUGCAUCAUCUUACUUCUUGUAUCCUCUUGUUCAGUCUGAUUGAAUUUUUGACAAUGGGUGAACAUCCCUAUCUAUCUUUUUUCAUUGCAACCAUAUACCACGAAUGAUUUGUGGAAAAUGGUUUUCCACAAGAUAUGUUCAAGUCAGUCUCGAAGAUACCAAUAUAAGCUGUAGCAGUUACUACCUGUUACCACUUUACAAUUCAAAACCACCUUUGCAUAUUUAAUUUGUUUCCUUGAUUUUGAGAGUUUGAACCUUCAGGAAUUUAAGACCUGUUCCGUUUUCAUACUCGUUUCAAACUGUAGUGCACGUUACUUUGUUAAACAUGGACAAAUGGGACACUAAAGAAUAGAUGAAAUACGAAAACACUUUUGUUUAAUUAUUCAUUAGUUCAAACCUAGCUUGCUUUUGAUAAUUUCGUAGUAUGCAGUCACAAUAUAAUAUUUGCAUAACAGGUUGGUUUUCGACAACACAAACAUGAGAACAAAAUCCUAUGUCACUUGACCGCAUUUUUUUUACAUGAAGCACUUUUCAGAUUUAAAAAGGACCCUUAAAACUUAAUUUGGAUCGAAAUGGCAACUCCGUUACAAACUGGUAGUUGUUUCAGCAGAGGAACAGACCUCCAAAAUCCUCAAAAGCGAUUUCGUCUUCCUUGUGAUGUUACUGUAGUAGUUAAGGAUGGCAAAGAAUUUGAUACGCAUGGACAUGUUCUCGCAAAGGCAAGUCCUUUCUUCGAGAAGCUUCUCGGCAGCCAAAUGAGAGAACGCAAGGAGCGAAAAAUUCGACUAGAAAUGUUGACAGAGCAAAUUUGGGGUAAAAUACUGAGUUUUAUUUACUCCGGCACUGUUCAGAUACAUAGUGAACAGGAUGCUCGGGACCUCGUCUCAAUGGCUGAUUACUUUCUAAUCAAGCAGUUAAAAAAUAUCGCCGGGGAGUUCUUGGCUCAGAAUCUGGAAACGUCAAAUUGUAUUUCGACUUAUCAUUUUGCAGAGAAAUAUCGAUGCGAAGAACUUCUUGUCGACACAAAAAGAUUCAUUCUUCGAAAUUUUAGCACUGUAGCAACCACGGAAGACUUCUUUAACAUGUCGAGCAAAGAAGUGGAAAUGUGGAUUUCAAGUGACGAGACGAAUAUACAAGCCGAAGAGGACGUUUUUAAAGUCAUUCUAAGAUGGAUUAUGCGAAACAGAAAAGAGCGAAAACAGUAUUUUUACGAGUUAUUUCGUCACGUCAGACUCGCUUACGUAUCAGUUACCUACCUCCGGAAGGUCAUUGCGACAAGUACUCUCGUAAGAGACAACAGAAAAUGUUUACGACUCGUUAAAGAUGCUAUCAAGAAAUCCAAGAAAUCACAUAGACCCUCAGUAUGGCCUAGAAAGUCACUAGAAACUCCACUUAUAACAGUCUGCGUAGAUAAAAGAAUCUUCAGCUAUUUCCCGAGACAAGAUAAAUGGUCUGGAUUAGGAGAAAGCAAACCACCAAGUUCCAUCUAUUUCUCUUCCCGUGGCCAGCUCUAUUUUGUUAAUCAAGUAUAUCAUAAGCUAUUGCGGUACGAUUCGUUCUCUCACCGUUGGACAACGCUGCCGUACAACGAAAAGAAAAGUAUGCGGCAAGUUUAUAUUAGCAGUAAGGAUGAAAUUUUCGCCUUGAUGAUCGAUGACAGAAUAUCGUGUCUCGGUUGCAUUUCUCUGCGUUCAUCUCGCGCAUUAGAGAGCACCGAACACGAAGAGAUUCAACACCCUCCGCGUUGCGGAAAAAGUCAUCUUUCUUCUGUAAUGAGGUACAGACCCGAAACAAACCUAUGGCAAGAGACAUCUUCAUUUGAUUUGGGUUCGAGAGAUGGAAUUUGCUUCGUUGCCAGUGAAAAGUUUGUUUACCUUCUAGGCGGUCACAUUCGAGGAGCUAACAAGAUUCUGACUGAUGUGGACAGAUUCGAUUUCACCAGGAACUCGUGGAGUAAGGCAGCUAACAUGUGGGAGCCAAGACACUGCCCUUAUGGGGCUGCUCUGCACGGGAAAGUUUACAUCACCGACAAUGGCGGCUACGAAUUGGGGAACUUUACGUUCAAAAGGACGUGUGAGGUCUACAGCGAGGCAACGGAUGAAUGGCAUUUCGUUGCAAACAUGAGAAUACCACGGUCCCGGCAUGGCAGUAUGCUGUGCGUUGAUGAGAAGAUUUGUGUCUUGGACGAUUAUUUUAAGAGCAUGAGUUACCUGGGAAUUAAAAUUCACUGCUACGACCCUGACAAAGAUGAAUGGCAAGAGCAAACAGAUCAUAAAAUACCAGUAAAGAGAGGUUACUCAGUUGGAUCCACAACUCAUUAUCCCCUUCACACUUGCGCUAUGAGAGUUUUUCAGCCGGGACAACGCCUUGCAAGCGAAUCUUCCACGACCACUUUUGACAAAUGCAAGUGUCUGAUUAUGUAG